CAAUCUCUCCCUCCUCUCUCUUUUUCUUCCUCAACAUGACAUCAAAAACAUUCACAAGACUUCCUAAUCUCAUAAACGUUCUUCUCCUGCUUUCUCUCGUUUUCUCAGGGAAUAUACUACAAAGGGUAACGUCCCUUGGAAUCAAUUACGGACAAGUUGGGAAUAAUUUGCCUUCACCAGAUAAAGUUAUUAACCUCUUGAGAUCUCUAAGGAUCACCAAAACAAGAAUCUACGACACUAAUCCUCAAAUUCUUAGUGCCUUCGCAAAUUCAAACAUAGAGAUCAUCGUCACCAUAGAAAAUCAAGUUUUAACGUUGUUACAAGAUCCUCAACAAGCUCUCCAAUGGGUGGAUUCUCACAUCAAACCAUAUGUUCCGGCCACAAGGAUCACCGGAAUCAUGGUCGGAAAUGAGCUUUUCACCGACGAAGACUCUAGUUUAAUCGGAUACAUGAUGCCAGCGAUGAUCAACAUCCACAAAGCCUUGGUCCAAUUAGGUUUAGACAGAUACGUUCAAGUCUCCUCUCCAAGCUCCCUCGCGGUCCUUGCCGAAUCUUAUCCUCCAUCAGCCGGCAGUUUCAAGCCGGAGGUUUCCUCCGUGAUGCAACAACUUCUACAAUUCUUGGAAGCCACGAGAUCUCCCUUUUGGAUCAAUGCUUACCCUUACUUCGCCUACAAAGACAACCCCGACAAGAUCCCCAUCGACUACGUUCUCUUCAACCGUAACGUCGGCAUGACCGAUCCCAACACAAGACUACAUUACGACAACAUGAUGUAUGCUCAAGUCGACGCGGUUGCUUUCGCUGCUGCGAAGUUAGGGUACCGUAACAUAGAAGUUAGGGUUGCGGAAACAGGGUGGCCUUCUAAAGGAGACGCUGGAGAGGUUGGAGCGUCUCCUUCUAAUGCUGCCACGUAUAAUAGGAAUCUUAUGAUGAGACAAUUCGCCGGAGAAGGUACUCCGGCUAGACGGAACUCAAGGCUAGAUGUUUAUAUCUUUGCCUUGUUCAAUGAAGAUAUGAAACCGGGUCCUACUUCUGAGAAGAACUAUGGGAUCUUUCGACCCGAUGGAUCAUUGGCUUACAACUUGGGAUUCUCUACGAUGUCUACCACGACGGCGAAUUCACAAUCUGUCACUUAUUCAUCCUCUGCCACUAAGGUACAAAUUAGUUUUUAUAAUAUGGUUUGUUUUGUUCACAAUGAGUAUAAAUGUUGUAAUAAUGAUGAGUUCUCUGUUUUGUCUUCUUACAGGCAGUGAAUAGGGCCACGACGACCUUGGAGUGUUGGACAAUUUUGAUAUUGGCGAUGAUUCAAGUUGUAAUGUCAAGACUAUUUUAGAGGGAAAGUUAUUGAGUAUAUAUAUAUAAUAAUUUGAAUUGGUUAGGAGAUAUCUAUGUAAACAAUUUAAUUAUUUAAGUUCGAUAAAAAUAAUUUCAUAUUCAAUUCAAUAUUAUAAUCCAUAAACAUGUAAAUUGGUCAUAUGGAUAUCGAUAACCUAUUAGUCAAUAAACAAAAACCAGUUUAUUGGGCAAGAAAAACAAA